AGGGGCAUGCGUAUAUAUGCGGGCUAGUACGUAUGUGCUUGUUUGUGCCUGCCCCCUCCCUAUGCCUCUGGCGAGCUGACUUAAGAAGCGUGCCCUGAUUUCUACACGCCCAAUAAUGAUGCUUGCGGAUUCGGCGGCACCCACUUGCUUGCAAACACCUUUCUGAAGAAAUGAAGAGAAAAUCGGUUUUCAUCAAAAAGAAUGUCAUAAAGGCGCAAAACACGUUGGAUAAGUUUGGCAUUUUUAAAAAGGUGAACGUGGUGAAGAAGGAGCAGCCGGAGAAGCAGAGGCAAAACGAAACGGACGACGAGGGGGUGGAGGCCAAAAGGGGAGGAGACACCGUUAAGGUGAAAAAGGAAAUCCAUAACGAUAGGGAGAAUGAAAAGAGGAAUGAUAACAUCAUCAAAAGUGAACACAGCGCAGAUGGGCAUCCGUCAUUCAGGGUUAAGGUAAAGUUAGAAGGUCAUUCGGCCCCCAAUAGAAACCGAGAGGGGGGCACAAAAGACCCCUUGGGGAAGUACUCUGGUGGGAGGAGCGAAAGGGGGGGUCGCAGCAGUGGGGGAGAAGGCGAUGUGGAAGACAGCAGGGUGGAUGAUGAGGAUAAUGACGAGAUUGGCGAAAAUGGCGAGAAUGGCGCGAAUGGCGCGAAUGGCGAAAAUGACGACAGAGGCAACCGUGGAAAACGCGGCAACAGUGGUAACAACGGAGGGGACGAUUCCGACAUGCGCUACAGCAGAGACAAGAGGGAAAAAAAAAAAAAAAAAGAAGAUCACACCGGAGAAAGCAACACCCCCUUGCACAAGCUGUACCAACCAAUAUAUAAGGAAGACUAUAUAAACGAAAUUCGAAGCAAGAGAAAUCCAUUGCUCACAACUGUAUUGGAUGAAGAUUUAAAUUUUAAUUUAAUUUUAUGUGGACCUCCAGGUUCGGGAAAAUCCUCCCUAGUUAAUGUUAUAAAAAAUAAAACCAACAAUUUGUUCAUCUCGCUUUUCCACCUGAACAAUUUAAAUAAUGAACUCAGAAAGAUAUACGACCAGUCAGUAAUCAAUUACAAGCUAUCGAAGAAGAAGACCAUCCUUUGCAUAAAAGAUAUAAAUAGGCUGAACAAAAAUCAGCAAGAAAAUUUAUUGCUCAUUUUGAAGAAAGGCUAUUUUUACCUCCUCGCCACGUGCCUUUUCAACCCCAUGAAUAUUUUAAAUGCCUCCCUGAGCUCGAGGUGCUUGUAUUUGUACCUGAACCCGUAUGAUAAAAUAGAACUGGCGUUAAUUAUCAAGAGGAUAAUUAACAAGCUGGACAUUGACAUUGAGGAUAACGCUUUGAACAUAAUAAUGAACCACUCGUGCGGGGACGCGCGGGUGGCCAUCAACAUCAUCGAGUUUGCCAUUAAGAAUAUGGAGCGGGAGAGGGAACGGGACAAAGGGAGGGACCACCGAAACGAUCCAGAAAAGGACAGUCGAAACGAUCCAGAGAAGGACCACCGAAACGAUCCAGAAAGUAACAGUCGAAAUGACAUGGAGAAGGAAAAACGAAACAGCAUGGAACAUGCGGAAGAAGCGAAAAAAAGCUGCGACAUUAUUACGAAGCAGUUCAAACUGAAGGACUUUAGCGAACUGCACAAAUGGGCAUCAUCCACUCAUAUUGAAAAAAAAGUUAUCCAAUUAACUAAUAUAAAAAAUUUUUUGCAAAACUUCCCAUCGAAUGAUAACAAGCUAGACCACUUUAACUUCAUCUCCGGAUUACACAAAAGUAUCAGAGCUGGAAAUAUCAAAGCAGCUAUUUUGUACUUAACAAAAUCUUUGAAGAACGGGGAAGAUCCCUUGUACAUUUGCAGACGGUUAAUUCGAAUAGCGUCUGAGGACAUCGGGCUGGCGAACCACGACGUGCUGUCUAUUUGUAUCAACACACAUUAUGCAUGCAAGGCUAUAGGGAUGCCUGAGUGCCAGACGGCGCUAAUAUACGCUGUCAUUGUUUUAUGCAAGUCGUCCAAAAGUAACUACAUUUACCUUGUGGAGAAUAACGCCAAACAGAUUUGCAACGAAUACAGCUUUGAUGUGCCCUUCCAUUUGAGGAACACGUCCAACAGGUACGUCUACACCAACCAGCCCGAAAUUCUCACCUUCGAGGAGCAUUUGAAAAAGUACAAGGAUGUGCAGAAGUAUUUGCCUGACUAUAUAGAAAAGUUGGAGCUUUUGCCCGAACUAUGA